AUGGCGCAUCAUCAUGGAUCUCUCUCCCCUCAUGGCUCCUCUGUGAAUGACUACUCAUCUAAGGACACCUACACAUUACACUAUGCCACCUUUGAUCAAGCUCUUGCUCUUGUUUCCCGGCAUAGCCAAAAUGCUCUGAUGGCUAAACUUGAUAUCAAACACGCCUUUCGCCUCUGUCCAGUUCACCCGGCUGACUGGGAACUUGUUGGUAUUCAUUGGGAAGGCCAAUACUCCAUCGACCUUCAUUUACCCUUUGGCUUCCACUCCUCUCCAUACCUUUUUAACCGUCUCGCCUAUGCUUUCGAAUGGAUUCUUAAAAACAAUUACAUGAUUACAGAUCUCAUGCACUAUCUAGAUGAUAACUUCACUGUGGGGCCAUCAAACUCCAAGACCUGUGCUGACAACGUCAAUACUAUAAUCCACAUGGCCUCACACCUCGGGAUUCCUCUGGCUCCUGAGAAGCUGGAAGGACUGACCACAUCACUGAUUUCCCUUGGCAUCUUGAUUGAUGUCACUCAUAUGGAAACUGCCUUACCAGAUGAUAAACUUAAGGAGCUUCUUGCUGAACUUCGGUCUUGGUCGUCUCAUAAAAAGUGCCUUAAGCACGAGUUGCUGUCCCCCAUGGGCAAACUUAACUUUGCUUGUUGCGUCAUCCAUGCUGGGUGCAUAUUCGUGCGUCCUCUUAUUGACCUAAGUACAACUGCUAGGCUCCCCCACCAUCACAUUACCAUGAGUCUCGAUGCUCGCCAUGAUAUCGCCUCCAGGGUGGCAAAGAUUCCUUCCCGCUUGGAAUGGAUGAACGAUUAUUCCUGA